CGCGUGCAGGCGGCGAGUAGACGAUAAUAUACGCACCGUCAACACCGUGGCGCCUUUAUUCCGGACGCGCGAUCGACGCUCGUCGCGACGACGACAUUGUUGCUAUUAUUGUUGUUGUAACAACUAUAAUAACAGUGUUGUUGUAAUUACUUCACGUCCGUUAACCGCGACUAUACCAUAUUAUUAUACCGUCGUCGGCUGGAAAUGAUCGACGACGGCGUUCGAUUUCAUUUACGCGCCAAAACCACGGCGGCUGCAGCCAAAGUCGUCUCCGCCUUCGUGUAAUCCGUCAUAAUUUAUAUAUUCACCUACCAAAUACCUGCUCAUCAAGAUGCUCCGAAUUUUACCAGUAUAGGCACCAUUCAGUUUUUUACACCUGCGUUUUGUUCACUUGUUGACAGUUGUCAAGUCCCUGGAGGAGCGGUGCGAAAUCCCGGCGGCAAACAUCCUCGGUGAAGUGGUGUACACGGUCCCACAUAAUAUUAUGAUUUUUUCGCCAGCAAAGGCCAUGGAUUCGGUAACGUCAAUCGGCAGUAACCGGGAUGUGGACGGUUUUCGAAAAAAGUACGGUCCCAAGUCGACCGACUCACUGACGUUCUCCAUCGCCCGCAUCAUGGAACCGGACGUCCGGAAACAGCCUAGUGCACCGGCGGCCGACUACUUCCACGCACUCGAAUCGGCGUUCAAGAAAUACGUGCCGGCGUUCAGAUCCAGUCCGUUGCAAUCCACGCACUGCACUGCCAACGCCAACGAUGGACGGACUCCACUGACCGUCAACAACAACGACCGUUAUUUAUCGACUACGAUGACGACAACGACGACAGCCGUGCAGCUGUUUCACUAUCAGCAACAUUCUAGGCUGUCCUGCACCUCAGAAGACAGACCUACUCAUUCCCGCCCCCAACCACCUCCGCCGUCAUCCGAACUUCCGGCUCUCACAAUACUUCCGGUGCUCCCCGCACUUCCGGUGCCACCACCACCGCCGCCACCAACAUCACAUCAGAUGACGCUCGGGCGACUCGCCGCGACCAAGACCGUUCAGUCGCCGUCCGGCGCCAAGGAACUGUCGCAGGCGGUCACUUCUGUCACGCCAGUUAAGACAUUUACAUGCAACCAUUGCGGAAAAGUUUUUUACGCUCAUUACAACCUGACGAGACACAUGCCAGUUCACACAGGCGCCCGACCGUUCAUUUGCAAGGUUUGCGGCAAAGGCUUCAGACAAGCGUCCACGUUGUGCCGCCACAAGAUCAUACACACCGAAGAAAAGCCUCACACGUGCGCCAUUUGCGGAAAAGCGUUCAACAGGAGUUCGACGCUGAACACGCAUACUCGGAUACACGCCGGGUACAAGCCGUACACUUGCGAAUACUGUGGCAAAGGAUUUCACCAAAAGGGCAACUACAAGAAUCACAAGCUAACGCACAGCGUGGAAAAAGCGUUUAAGUGCACAGUGUGCCAUAAAGCUUUCCAUCAGGUGUACAACCUGACGUUUCACAUGCACACUCACAACGACAAGAAGCCGUUCACGUGUCACGUCUGUGGCAAAGGGUUUUGCAGGAACUUCGAUCUCAAGAAACACUUGCGCAAACUCCACGACGCUCCGUAUCCGCAACACCAGCCAGCAGCGGUCGCACCACAGAUCUCCACAGCCGCACUGACGGCGCAACCGCCUUUGCCACCGCCGCAGCAGAACGUCCGCCACGGUCUUGGCACGUGCAUGCCACCGUUCCAGUCGGUGCAGGCUGGAUCCCACAGAAACGCAAUCAUGUCGCACGACUCGCAGCACCACUACUGAUUCCCGACGGGAGUUAGUUAGGCGAGGCGAUUGUCGGGCGAAUAACUUAUAUUGUGUACAAUACUUAAAUUUAUGUGCAAUAAGCCCAAAGACCAUAAUAAUAUAUAAUAGUAUAUUUUUAUUAUAUUAUAUUAUGGACUAUGGUAACCUAUUUUUCUUAAAUUAUUUAUGACGAGAUCGCGUCGAUUUAGAAUUUUUGUCCUGGAACUCGAUAUAGGUACCUCGUGUUUUGAACAAAUAUGAUGUUUGGUCUAGUCGCAUUUUAACGUAGGUACAACCUAUACAGUACCUACUCAAAACCACGGAUAUUAUACUUAUUAGUAAUUAUUACUUAUACUCAAACUAUAGGAUUUGAGGUAGGUACUAAGUUACACUAGCUUAACUGACAGGUGUGUUGCAAAAGCGUCGCGUCGGUUAGAAGGUAGAAAGGUUUUCUUUUUUCCUGUUUUCUUUCUUCAAAUCAUCGUUUAUUAAUAUUUUACUUUGCAUAUUUUGUUAUGUUUACUAACUUCAGCAUAAUAAUUACGUUUGUCCUCAGAGGAAAUGGUGGGUAAAUAUAACCUUACUUUAUCUUCUCGAUGGAUAUUGAUAUCGAUGUAUUUAUAAAGGGUGCAGCUGCAAUAGAUGAUAUUAAUUUUGACGAUCAAAUGACAAUCCAACCUUAAAAUGUAGGUAUGUUCUUGUCAUCAAUUAAAUGCUAAAAUUGAAAGUUAAUGGUAUGGGUCAUAGAAACAAAACCAUACAUAUAUAAAUAUAAUAUGAUGUUUCCGACAAUUCAAUUUGUACUAAUAUUUGAUUUCCACUUCUUCGCAUUAAAAAUAAAUUUCCAAAAUCUAAUUCGAAUUAUGAAUUUACGUUCACGGGUCACAGGUAAAUAGGUAGGUAUAAACUAUUUGCUAAAAUAAAUGUUUUAAGGUAUCCUGGUAUAAAUGUUUUUUUUAAGAAUUAUAAAUUAAUAUCAACAGGAGGAUUUAAACAAUUGCAACUGUUUAUAAAAAAAAACAUCAUUAUACCUCUUACAAAAUGUUGUUCAAUUUCAGGUGUUUUAUCUCUAUAAUUGCUUUACAAACAAUUUUAGCCUAUCUGCAGCUUCAAUGUCUUUAUGUAGAAACUGAACAUAACCGGCGAAGUCCUUUUAAUAAAAUAUCAUUCAUACACUUAAGUAUUGUUGUUUUGCAAAUCAAGGCAUUACUGACAAUAUGUAGGCAAAUAUCCGAGAAAAUCUAAUGUAGCUAUAAUGUUAUUCCAUUGAUUUUUUUAAAUUUAUCAUAUAGCUAUCAAUCGUUUUGUUUGACUAAAUAUUGUUUUUUCACAAAACUUUUUACGGGUACGAACUUUUUUUCGUAGCCAAUUAUGAAAUAGUUUUAAAUAGGUGCAGGGUUAGGUAGGAAACGUAGGAAAGUUAAGUUAAAUUAAACAAAAAAAUACUGUGUAGGUAGUUGACAGUAAGUAAAUGAUAAGUUAUCAGUGAUAAAGAUUAAUUUUUAGUAGAGAUUUUUUAGUUGCCUGUAUUUUUCUUCUCUGUACCUUUAUAAAUGUUAGGUAGGUAUGCAUUUUAUGAAAAUGGUUAGGAUUAUAUAAUAAUCGUAAUAUUUAAUUAUUUGCAGUACGUAUUAUUAUUGUUGUCAUUGGUCUCCAAAUAAGCAUAGGUACCUAACUAACAGCUUUAAUAUUUCAUAGGCGUUCAUUUUCAAAUAAACACUGUGGAGCAUGUGCUUUAUUUGUGGGGGGGGGGGGGGGGCAUGAGGACGUAUUUUGCAAUGUGUUUUACAUUUACAGGUAAAAAUAAUGAUAUGUACCCAUAUGUACUUUCCCGCAUUUACGCCUUAACUGGCUCUAUACAACAACUGACACAACAACAACCUGAUAAGAUGAGUACAAUUAUUGUACAAAGUACGUUGAGAUAAAGAAUAUACCAUAUAUUAUUACUUAGUUUCACGAUUUAAGAUGUACAGGUUACUCAGCACAGUAUAGAAAUUGGUCUCCAGAGUAAUGGCCAUAGUUUAUCGCCAAAACUCGGCUGUUCAGCAUAGGAAGAAUCACAGCUAUAGAGCUUUCAGUAUAUAAGUUAUGGGCAAAGUAAACAAUUUGGGCAUUUUAUAUUAUGUCCAGAUAAUUUAUAAAAUGCCUUUCGUACAUUGGCCAAUUUCGAUAACGAAUGAUAUGAUAAAAUGAAUAGUGACAUAUUUAUAUUGGGUAUAGAAAAUAUAAAAAGUUUUUUAAAAAAUUUUUAUCACUUAUUGUCACAUGUAUUGCUUCUGCGGGAUUUUGAUGUACAUAAUUCGCUAAGCUGCUUUGUACUUGCACUUCUUUGUUUUACUUUUGUGUACACGCGUAGCCCUAUCUCCCAAAUUGGAAAAUCCAUGCUGUUUCUCGGAGUGAAAUGUUGGUUAGGUUGCACAUCAUCGACUUCCAGAAAUCUUUCUUUGCAAAUUACAAAUGAGAUUCUAACUUACAAAGUUGAAAGGCGGGAAUUACCUUUCUUGGUACCAAAUUCGUACAUAUUACUGUUAAUAAGUAGGUACUCAACUGAAUUAAUUAAGCUGAACUGUAAAGACGAUUCGUGGUUACUGAAUAGUUAAUUUUUCGAGAAUAGGUAAAAGGUCUUAUCGAUUGUGGCAUUGCACUAUAAGCACUACAACUACAUAUCAUAUAACUUAUAGUAUAUAUAACAUAUAAUAUGUAGACAGUCCCAUUGUAAGAAACCCGAUAAAAACAAACAUACUAGCUACAGAUAAUAUGAUCUUUAGAUAGUAAUUUUACUUUAUUUGACUAUAUGUUUUACGAUUAAAUAUCAUAUCAUCCGUUAUCUAUAUUGCCAAAAUUGUAUACGUCGCUCUUUAAAGUUGUAAUUUAUAAUGGUAGUUGGGAGACCUAUCGAGCGAGAGGAUUUUUUUGGAUAUGUACUUAAAAGUUGUAUUUUUAUUGGACCAGGAGCCGGUUAUUUGUGUGCCUUACCCUUGCAAAUAUUGAAAUCCCUGCCGUGGAAUGUGCGGGUGUAUUUUUUAUACAAUAUAGGUCAUACCUAUUACCUAUAAUAGGUACCUACCAUUUCCCGAGGUUAGAUAAUACCUUCACUAUGGAGGUGUACCUACGAAUAAUAUAAUACAUGUGUGUGCGUGUGUGUGUGUGGACAUUUGUAACGCGUAAUUUUAAUCUCCCACAUGACUACACUAUUUAUCUACUCUUUAGGUAUAAUUAAUUGUAUUUUAAUAAACUAUUAUUGACAUACGUUGAUAUUUGUUUUCUUUUAUCG